GCUUCGGGUGGCGCGAGGGGAGGGGAUAAUGGCGGCAGCGCACGCGCACGCGCAGCCGCUCUCCCUCGCCGUCCUCCCGCCGUCUCCGGCUCAGGCGACGCCGCUGCUCCUGAGGUACGCUGCUCUCGGCCGUGGCAGGGAUGGUGCUGGGCGCGGAGGGGCGACGAGGCCCCUGCGGCUCACGAGGUUGCGCCGCGGCCGAGCGGCGGCGGGGGAGGUUGACGCGCCCGUGGACAUGGAGCAGGCCGAGGCCGCGAUGAGGGUGGCGGCCGACGAUGAUAGCGUCACCGCCACUGUGGUAUCCGUGCUUCUAACCUUCGCGUUCGUCGGGCUCUCCAUCCUCACCAUCGGGGUCAUCUACCUGUCGGUUCAGGACUUCUUGCAGAAGAGGGAGAGGGAGAAGUUCGAGAGGGAGGAGGCCGAGAGGCAGAAAGAGGAGGCGAGGAAAAAGAGAGCCAAGGCGAGGGGAAGGAAGAGAAAGUUUUGAUUGCUGUUGUGGUGCAGCACUUCCCUUCCAGUAUCAAUAUUCGACAUGUGACUUUGCGCUGGUUUGAUGCGUUACGAAGAGUGAUAGUCAUUUUUUCUGUAAGUUGUUCAAAUUAAAUAUCAUUUCUUAUAAAUUCUUCUUGUUGUGACUUGAGAGUAAAGGCUCUUGUACUAGAAAUGCUUCGUAAAUUCUGUAUCACGAUUGAAUUACCUUGUUAACAUGGUACGCUUCAAUGCAAAUAUACCUUUUGGACAUUUACUUUGUUUGGGGUGGCUCCUAUUGAGGCUAAUAAACAGUUAUUGACUUUCUUGUUGCAAAAGUUC